AUGGUGCAGCAGAAUAUAGCUUCUGAGAAUUCUCAGGUUUUGGAAUUAGCAGAAAGACUUGCUAAGUUACCUGCUACUAAUGUCCAUGAGUAUUUUCGUGAAUUUCGCGUCAUUCGGGAUGAGCUCGAUGCGGAACAGUGUCAAAUUCAAGAAAGAAUAUGCUACAUGCAUGAAGAUUUACCAAUUCAACUCUCACGUUUGCGAUCUUUUCGGGAGAAAUUGGCUUAUUUGAAACAAAAGAUUCAGGUUUCUUUGAAGGACUAUCAAAAUAAACGGGAGCAGUUGUUUUUGUUGCUUAAGCAGAAUGCGCCAGAUAUUUACAAUCAGUUGGAACGGAUUGCGCAACAUAUGAAGGAGUUGAAUUACCUUAGAGUCGCUUACAAGCUGAUGUCUGCAAAAUCAAAAAUCAAGAAAGCAAUAAAUAUCUCGAACUUUUCUGCUCUGUAUGACAACAUUCAAUCUUUGAAACAAAACAUCAGUGUGGAUUCCCAGUUGGAUGAAAAUGAGGCUAAAGACGUUGAUAAAAUGAGAAAGCAGUUGCUCAGUGAAACAGAACAUCUUGUUUCCGCUUGUGUCAGAGAUUUGUUAAAGAAAAUUCAUUACCCACUUGAAGAAGCUAUUGAUCCAAAGACUCAUCAAAAAUUAAUUCAGCAAAUCGCCACUUUGUUAAAGUGUCUUAGUAUCCUGGAUAACGGUAGUGUUAUUUCGCAAUGUGAUCGCUCGAAAAUUUUGACGGAACUAGUUGCUCCAUUGGAGAGGCGAUUUCAGUACCAUUUUUUUACGGAGCAGAAAACAAACGAUCCAUCUAAACCAGAAUGGUUUUUUACUCAGAUACUUAACUGGAUAACAGCAAAUAUUGACUUGAUUAGCGCUAUUUUGCUGCAAGUCUUUAAGGAAAAGACUGAGCAAAAUGAAAUGAUGAAUGAAUAUAUGAACGAGUUAAUAAAUUUGGUACAGAAAAAGGUGCAAAAUGUUCUCACAAAAGUACAGGAUGAUCCCGAACUGUUCUCUCAUCUUAUUGAUGAAUGUGUUGCCUUUGAAAACGAGCUGCAAGAUCUUGCUAUUCCGAUACGGUCAGGUAAUGUGAUGGCCGUUCUAUGCGAAGAUGUCUAUUUACUGAAAUGGUUACAGCUGGAACGGGAGAGCUGUAUCGCAGGAGUAGAAAAUAUACUUUGCGGAGAGGGCUGUUGGAACAAUCGAUAUCACACUUUCUCAGACAUUGACAUACAGCAAGUGCCAGAAUGUACCGAUCAAUUUCUUUUGAUGAUCGAAUCAAUUACAGAGCGUUAUCGUUGGAUAGAGAAUAUGGAUGUGCAGUCGCAGUUCCUGAACGUGCAGAUUUUUAUGUUGGAUGAUUUCCGAUUGCGUCUUAUACAUAUCUCUCAACAACUUUCCUCUCCAUGGCAAAAACCCUUCAUUCAAAUCCUAAAUUCAGCAUGGUACAUAGCUUUUGUGUUGGAUGAAUGGAAUGAGGUGGAUAUAUUCAUACGUAUUCAAGCAUUGGGGAAGAGAGCCCAUUUUCGUGGUAUUUUCGAAGAUGUAGCCGAUAUGUACAGACAUUUAUGGCGGCAGAGGGCCGAAGAUCUCACAUCUGCAUUCUAUCAGCAUAUCCACGUUUCAUUGAGUCGUUAUCAACGUGAACACUGGUAUUCGUGGGAAGCAAGCAAACCGUUCGAUCUGACCCCAUCAUUUUGUCCAUUUUUGCUAGAAGUACGUCGAUUGCUCGGUCAUGUUAAUAACGCCGUGUCGUCUCAUUCCGCUACUAAACUUUAUGAAAUGCUGAAUGAAAAAGUAGCGAAAGUGUUGCUCCAAAUGAUUACAAGCAUAUCUCUCAAUGGGUAUGGAGCUGCUCAGAUACUCUAUGACAUAACGAACAGUCUUAUUCCUGUGCUUAACUCUCUCUACAGCCACCACAUCAACGCUGUUAAUCUAGAAACUCUUGAUGAACCGAAAUUCAUAGAAGUCAUAUCAUGUCUAAAAAUACUAUCCCAGUCCACGGGUACAGCAAUUCUUCUGUACGAGGAGCUAAAACGAACAACGGAUGAUAUGACGCCGUCAUUACUCGAACCGUUCGAUGCAGCAACAAUCGAACGCGAACUAGCCUUAGAAUUAUUAAAACACCGCUCGGAUUUGCAAUUGACAAGUGAUGAAGCUGUGAAGUUCUAA